AGCGAGUAAAAGAUGGCAAAAGUGAUCAGAAAUCGCUGGGUAUACCGUACGGACAACAAAUGGACCCGCUACUUGCCACGUAGAAAUGACGCCGUCAAAGAGUUUGACUACGAUAAGAAUGGAGCAUCUCUCAAACAUUAUACUGAAGAAAUUUCAGAGGAAAUGCGCCCAAAACAAGCGUCAAAACUGUGGAUGGCGUGGCUCUACCGUGACACGUCUGCCGAGCCGAAAUGGACCAAAAAACACGUGGAAAACCUGUUUGGAGCGGAUUUUAAGGUCGGUCGAAUGGAAGUGUUCCGUAACACUGAGCUCAUCAACACAGAGCUCUGGAAAAUCAAACAUCUCAUCGAAUUGCGACCGGUUGAGUUCAAAAAUGGCGUCGAGCCGACCGAAGACGACAUUUUUUCGACGAGCCUGGCACCAAAUGGACAGUGUGAAGUGAUUCAGGGUGGACAUGUGGCAUCGGAAAAUGAUUUGAAAUUGGCUGAUGGGAAGCAGUGGACCCGAAAAGAGCUGGGACGUGACCUCAACAAGAAGUAUCACCUAUAUCAAAGUGUCUACGAGCAAAAUGUGCACACACCUAAUAAUAUUACUGUUGUCAAGUGAUUAUCGAUUUUUUGUAUCGAUUUUUGUCCAAUUUUCCAGUUUUCUCCUUGUUUUUAGUUAGUUUUUUUGGUUUUUUUUUCACUGAAAUUUUUUGAACUAAAUAUUUUUUUUUGUUUUUAGCAGUAAAUAAUUGUUUAUUAA